AUGGUUUCCUUUUUCGAUCUCCCUCGCUCAGUCCGCGAGGAGAUCUACCGCCAUGCCCUCGUUAAAGUCCGGGUCUUCGUACGUCCCUUCAUCUCCAUGGAAUACAUGCUGCACCCAGAUCGAGCCGAGAUAUAUGAUAACCCCAAUCUCGCCCUCCUCUGUGUUGCCCGCCAGAUCUACCACGAAGCGAUGCCCAUCUACCUGGGCGAGAACAUCUUUUCCAUCGUCCAGGUCGAUAUGCUGGCCGCCGCGCGUAUGGAGAACAGACGAGUCGCGAAGAACCUCCGACAGAUUCGCAGAUUGGAAUUGAAAUUCGAUCACCGAGAUUACAAGUAUAUGGCUGAGUUUCUGGGGACUGAGAUACCGACCGUUAUGACGGAAAUUGACGACUGGGCUGAUGAAUCUCCGGUUAAGAAGCUUGCUAUGAGGGAUCUGAGCAAGAUACGUGAUCACUUCGAUGUAUCUUCUAGCAUUAUACCCUCUGCUUCGAAGUUGAAACACAAGAGCCGAUUGAUCGAUACGACCGGAAGACGGCAACGACAAGCGCUCAACCAUCAUUGGUAUCAGCACAAAGACGACAGCCAAGAGACACGCCACGAUCGACUGACCGAGAACCUGAAGGAAUAUCUCUGGGGACGAACCCUAACUUUCGUCCGCCAGACUUUCCGACUAACUCACCUCUUUAUCGAUAUACGCCAUUGCACUUGCCCCGUGGGCUGUUGUCGUUUGGCAGACCAGGUUCUGGAUUGGGGCUGGGUGUAUGUCUGGAUUCAUGGCUUGCCGGGCGAGGUCCAGGUGAGAGGAUCAUCGAGGUCCGAGAAAGAAGUUAUUGCUAGGAGUUUGGACCGGCAGUCAUUCCACCCCAAGUUAGGAAUUGAGGAGGUUUACGACCAGUCUAGGGCUCAGGAUCAUCGGAGGUUGAUGCAGCAUAAUGCCCUGCUUAGGAGUGUUUACUGGAGGUUGAAUGAGAUGUAA